AUGGCAUGUGAAUGUCCAACGCCAAAAGAGGCAGAUAGUAAAAAUAAUAAAUUCUUUGUAGAUUGUAGUGCUAAGGUCUUUGAAUCAUUUCGUCAACAAUUUGAUCGUGUAACUGGCGAAUAUUUGAAAUAUAUUAAUGAAAUUAAUGAUCCACUCUUACGACACAUUCUUAUUUAUUUUGUACAAUAUUACAUAGAUGGGUAUCAUUAUUAUCGUGAGAGUGAUCUUUCUCACAGAAGCGAAGCUUGCAAAUAUAUCAAUCGAUGGUUAUACGAAAAAAAAGAUUUAUUCACGUAUGGUGAGCUGUGUGCAAAAAAAAUGUAUUUGUGGGAAAAUAAAAUAAAAACUCUUUGGGAAAAGUUGAAAAAUGAACACACUGUUCCAGACGGAAAUAAAAAUAAGCCAUGGUGCGAUAAAAUUGAUUAUAUACUAAAAACCAAAUAUCCUCAAGUAUUGACCCCACUUAAUUGUGAAGAAAACACUUCUCAAGAAUCCAGUAGCACAUUUGUUUCCCCUCUAUCAUUUACGGAGAGAUGCGAAUGUUCUCAAAAUCCAGUUCAUGAGAUUCCCUCGCAACCAGUUCAACCCCCAGAAACGGAUCGAACUAAGAAUCUUGCGGUUACAUCAGGUUUUACAGCAGCUGGAACACUUGGCACCUUAUUUUUUUUAUAUAGGUUUACCCCAAUGAUGUCCUGGUUCAGAAGGCCAGGUAUGAAUAAUGUAGGAACAGAUCUAUAUAUGAAUCCAGGAGGCGCAGAAAGUUUCUUAAGUAUGCAGCAAGAUAAUGGUAGUAAUAAUCUAUUUUACCAUCCAUAA